AUGGCCGCCCUUCCAUCCAGGCCCUCCCUCCGCUCGUCCAAUCGCAACAAUACAAUCCUCAAUGAAGUACCUCCGACUCAUGCCGACCAAAACCCGCUGGCCAAUUCACGACGCGGAAAGCGCACCCGCGACUCAUCACUCGCCAGUCACAGCAACACUUCUGUCAAGAGGCUGAGAUUGGGACUGCCAGAUCCUACACGUUCAAGAGAUGUCUCCAAAACAUACGCAUCAAAGUCACUCCCAAUUCGCGACAGGUCCGCAACGCAAGAUGCCCUGACACAGGUGGGGAAAUCGCGCAAGCCAGAUCCUCCGCAACCCAUUAAUGGCACCAAUACCGCAAUACAAAACGCACAAUCCUUCAACAACAAUGCUACCCUUACCGUCAAUACCACAUACACCUCCAGCCAAAAUGACAGGAGAAGUCUCAGGUCGCAUGAUGGAUGCUCGCGAUCGAAGAGCGAGCUUGCAUUGUACUUCCCCAACUACGAUGAGUUGGUGAGCAUUGAGCCAAAGGAACCCGAGUUCCUGACUCCGGAGACCCUCAUUCACAUCACAGACGACCCCGCAAAAGCUGCACCAUCCGCUUCAACCUUCAAGAAUGCCAAUACCAUCCUUCCAAUGACUUCCAAAGGGAAUGCUACGAUGGUCAAUGGCUGUUCCCAAGCGUUUACAUUAUCGGAAGAGACCUUCACCACCCUCAAUGACGCUACGAGAAUUGAUCUCUCAGCCAUGGACAAGCGAAAUUCCACUCGGGAUCAAAUGAGUGAUGUCGUGUACCUGAAGGCCCACCGGCGAGCAGAAAGGCAGGAAAAGCUGCUUCGCAACAUUGAGAAAGAACGGGCAAUGCACGAAAAGGUCCAGCUUGAGCGGCUCUUAGAUGGCCUAAAAGGACACGACUGGCUACGAGUCAUGGGUAUCAGUGGGAUCACGGAUGGUGAAAAGAAGGCCUAUGAGCCCAAACGUGACUAUUUCAUAAGGGAAGUCCUAAUACUGCUUGAGAAGUUUCGGGAAUGGAAGGAGGAGGAGAAGCGGCGGAAAGUGGAAAAGGAGGAAUCGAUGCUAGAUGAAGACGAAGAUCAAGAGGAGGGUGGGUCUGACGAGGACGGCGAAAGCGAUGAUGAUCCACCCGAUGACCCCGGUGCCGAAGCCGCUGCAAUACAACUGCAUAGAGAACCUACAUCGGCUACAAAAGCACCAUCCGGGAAGAGGUCACACCGUGCAAAAGCGCCCUCGACGCCGCCUUUCCAGAAGCCGUUCACAUCUUUCUACUCCAAACCGUACCUUCGAGACGCGGCAGUUGGGAAGCAUCGACGCGGGAGAGCGAGAUUCGCCUUCGGACAGCCAUUGCCUGAACUGGUCGACCAGGACUUUGGUUUACCAGAGGAUAUUCUGUCACCUGAAGCUAUCGAUGGCGUUAGGAGGAGUAGGAGAGCUAAGAGACGGCGAAUUCAGAAGCAGCAGUAUGCCAAGGAAAAGGACUCGAAGUCCUUGAUGUUUCGGUACAUCGACAGUCGUGGUCCCGAUUGGUCCGCGCUUAGCCUCGGCAUUAGCGCUUGUUUACAUGCGACCAUUGACAAUGGAGUCAUGCUUCUUAAUGACUUGCAUCAAAUACUCUCCCGAACCUCAACCCGCCCAGAAAUGAAUCUCAGUCCGCCAGUGCAUAACAUGGAGAAUGAAAUAGCUCUACCUGAGCGACAUGGGGCUUCGAUUACUGCAAGGGACCUUCCAGACGCUCAAGUAGAGCCCGACAAUAGCAAGCCAAAUCCUAAAGCGCCAGCAGACAACGGCAAACCUCCCAAGGCUAGAAAAGAAAAGGCUCCCAAGACCCCCAAACCACCCAAAGGCCCUACGCCUCCAAAGGGGAAGAAGGAAACGGCAGCCAAGCCCUCGGUCGAAGAUCCUGAAUCCAUGUUCAAAGUUGGGUUCCUUUCCGAAGUAUACCAAGAGAGGCCAGUAGGACCGGAGGGCAUAAGCAAAGUUAUAACGCGCUUUCCCCCAGAGCCCAAUGGCUUCCUCCACAUUGGUCAUAGCAAAGCAAUUGCAAUCAACUUCGGCUUCGCAAAGUACCAUGGUGGAGAAUGCUAUUUACGCUUCGAUGAUACAAAUCCUGCGGGCGAGAAGAAAGAAUAUGACGACUCGAUUGAAGACACUGUGAGAUGGCUGGGCUUCAAGCCGGUUAAAACCACGCACUCCAGUGAUAAUUUCGAUCGACUAUAUGCGCUAGCUGAAGCUCUGAUCGAGAAAGGUGGUGCAUAUGUCUGUCAUUGCACAAAAAGCGACAUCGUUGAUCAACGCGGCGGAAAGAAAGGAGAGAAGCCUCGCUAUGCUUGCUCGCACCGUAGUCGUCCGACUUCCGAGAGUAUGUACGAGUUCAGAGCAAUGCGGGAUGGCAAGUACAAGCCUGGCGAGGCGGCUCUACGAAUGAAGCAGAAUCUCGAAGAUGGUAAUCCGCAAAUGUGGGAUGUGUUUGCAUAUCGCAUUCCUGCGAAGAAGAAAGACGAGGAAGAUGAAGAGGACGAAGAAGAAUUACGCGAAAAUGAUCCAAGAGAGACUGGGGCCAACGGAGCAGAUAGCGAUGAGGUGCAAUACGCCGGCCCACAUUAUCGUACGGGCGACAAGUGGAAAAUCUACCCAACUUAUGAUUUCACGCAUUGUUUAUGCGACAGCUUCGAGGGUAUCACGCAUUCGCUGUGUACAACAGAAUUCGAGCUUUCAAGGGUGUCGUACGAUUGGCUCAAUAACGAAUUGGACGUUUACAGACCAAUGCAAAGAGAAUACGGUCGCCUAUCAGUCAGUGGCACCAUUCUUUCCAAACGAAAAAUCCACGAACUGGUCAAAAAGAGACACGUUCGAGCCCGCGAUGACCCUCGCCUCUACACCCUCCCUGCCCUCCGGCGCCGUGGUGUUCCUCCCGGUGCAAUUCUUUCUUUCGUGAAUGAGCUAGGCGUCACUAAAGCAGUUACAAAUAUCGAAGUGAAACGCUUCGAGACUUCCGUGCGCCGGUAUCUGGAAGUGACAGUUCCACGCCUGAUGUUAGUGCUUGAUCCGGUCAAGGUGGUUAUUGACAAUUUGCCUGACGAUCAUCUGGAGAUGGUCGACUUGCCAUUUUCGAAAGACCCGGCUAUGGGGGUGCAUACGAUCCCAUUUACCAAAACUGUCUACAUUGAACGCAGCGAUUUCCGUGAAGUGGACUCACCGGACUACUUCCGCCUCGCUCCAGGCAAAACCGUCGGUUUGAUGAAAGCUCCCUUCCCCAUCACAGCCACCUCUUUCGAGAAAGACCACUCCACCGGAGAGAUAACCCUCAUCCACGCGACCUACGAGAAACCAGCCGAUGGCUCCGCCCCAAAGAAACCAAAAAGUUUCAUUCACUGGGUCGCUUCUUCCCCAGAUCAUGACAGUCCAAUUAAAGCAGAAGUUAGAGUCAUAAAUCCGCUUUUCAAAUCCGAUAACCCGGCUGCGCAUCCGGAGGGCUUUUUGAUGGAUAUUAACCCGGAUUCCGAGGAGAUCUUCCCCAAUGCGAUGAUUGAGAUGGGGAUUGAGGAAAUUAGAAGGAGGGCGCCGUGGCCGGCUGAGGCGGGCGAGAAGGAGAUCGCUGAUGAAGCUAAGAUGUAUGAAGAACAUGCGAAAAGUGAUGCGAGCACAACGCCAGGCAGUGUCGAGGCGAAUGGUGGGCACUCUGUAAAAGCGGCUGCGAGGCCGGAGACGGUCAGGUUCCAGGGAAUGCGGAUGGGUUAUUUUUGCGUGGAUAAGGAGAGCAGUGCUGGGAAAUUGGUGUUGAAUCGGAUCGUGAGUUUGAAGGAGGAUACGGGCAAGGAUUGA